AUGGCAUGUCCGAGAAGAAACGAAAGCGAUCAUGCAGAUGGAGCACCGAAUAACCUUCUGCAGCCUCUCUCUGAAGCUCCUGACGACUUGACAACUUUUCCUGAUUUACUCUCAGAUGCUUCACAAGCAUGUGAUUGUCAUCCCAUUGGAUCCCUUGGUAGUGUGUGUAACCAGACCACCGGUCAAUGCCCCUGUAAAGAUGGCGUAACGGGUCUGACGUGUAACAGGUGUUCAUUGGGUUACCAGCAGAGUCGCUCCCCGGUCGCACCGUGUAUAAAACACCCUCGAAUAACAAGCCAGCCUCAAGAACAGCGAGAUGAAGCUGCAACUUCACAAACAACAGAUGAUGACUGUCCAAGAAAUUGUGCGGGAUCAACAAGAAAAAUUAGUCAAAAUAAAUACUGCAAAAAAGAUUACGUGCUCCAUGCGCACGUAUUAUCGCGAGAGAUGGAGGACGAGUGGGUCAAAUUCACAGUCAACAUCGUCACCGUCUACAAGCGAGGCGAGCAACGAAUCCGACGAGGAAACACCUUCAUUUACGUGCGACAACGUGACCUGACCUGUAAAUGCCCCAAGAUACGACUCCGACAUCGUUACCUGAUACUCGGCGACGAGGACGAGUCAUCGUCGAAACGGGACGGCAUCGUCGUCGACAACAAGAGCAUCGUCCUAAAAUGGAGGGACGAGUGGGACAUGAGGAUGCGGAAAUUCCAGCGAGAACAGAGACGAAAUCAGUGCUAGGUCAGGCAUGGUAGUGUACUCUUGUUAACGAGGAGAAAGGAAUGAGAGACUCAACUUAUUUUUAAUGUUGUCUAUAAUUCAAUCCACGAAAAGAACAUGGAACGAAAGGCGUCAUGUAAACGGUACUCGAUAUUAUAAGCCGUGCAGAUGGGGAAAAUGGAAUCCCGAAUGGAGCCGUGAUAGCUUGGAGCUCAGUCAGCAGAUGAUCAGAGACGAAUCAGUGAGAGAUCAACUACUGAUACGGUCGAAUAAUUGCUUAGCUGCGAUCAGGAGAAGUAAUCGCAGCUAUACCUGACCCUUGAAGACAACAUGAAACUGAACUUACGGCCUACCUUGAGAGCUAAAGGUUUAAGAAGUUGGACUGUUUAAAAUGGCGUAGAUAACAAGAGACUGGGAUAUGUCUAAGCCAAAGUGUAUUCAAAUAAGUUACCUAUUGAUCAACGCUUUAUUGGUAUUUGAAUUUUGCAGAUGUUCCAUAGUGAUUAUUGAAUCUACGCUCUUGUCCUAUUGGUGUCGAUGUGUGAGGGCAUUACUUAUUUGCUAAACAAAAGCUUCCACGGGCGUUUUAAUUAAACACGAAACGGAAUAUGUUUGGUCUAUUAUUAUUGAAGGUUUUUAUUUAUUGAAUUUUCUCAAUUUUACGAGAAAAUGAUGAACAGGUACAAUUCAUUUUGACGCCACUCCAUAUGAAAGGCACGUGUUUCAAUGAAUGGCAAAGUUGCAGACAUCAUCUCAAUGGGCGUGACUUGAUAGAAGUUGUCAAAACUGAUUCUAGGAAUUGAAAGUAAUAAUUUAUGGUAAUUAUUACAAGGAAAAGACUGCAAUUAUGGCGACCGACAGCUUAAUCAUUAUAAUUUUUUAUAACAGUAUAAUGGCUAUUGCUUGAUCAACAUACAAAGUACACAUCCCAAUCUAUAAGAUGCCGUACAGUUGUCAUGCCAAUGGCGAAAUGGCGCCACGUUGACGAAGAGUGGUGAAUGGAGCACUCGCGCAUGCGUAGGAAAUGCUAAGAGCAAGCUCAUGAAAAGGGAUAUAGAGCCAGGAUCUCAUGGGUUCGGCGCGUCAAGUCCCAAAAAGAUAUACAUUUGAUUUAAAGGCUGAAUAUUUCGUGCCAUAUUAAUUGUGUAUUAUCCGUCUUCAGUUUGUUAUUUAUAUUUCACAUUGUACAUAAACAUUAAGAUAGAUACCAUUUUCGUGGAUGCAAACAGCAUAUUUGUAAACAGAAUUGUACGUGGAUGUUAUCAUAUUAAAAUAUUAUUAUUCACUAUGCGAUUAUUAAUUGUUUCGUAUUAAGCACUGAAAAAUAUUUUCUCAUUCAAAUACAUGUAUUCCUCAAACAGUUUUUACUCCUUUGUAGGAAAUUGAAAAAUAGAGGAUUGGUGUUCACCGCAUCAUCUAUUUAUCCCAUAAUAAUUAUAUUUUUCACACAGUUUCAAUAAUUCUUUGGUAAAAUGAUGCGUAUAUUGAUGUAUAUUUCUUUCUAAUAUUCGAAAUUUUAUUGAAUGUUAGUCGUUUUAAUCCUGCGAGUCAUUUAAUCUCCUACCUUCAAACGUUCAAAUCUUAUGAAUAUCUUAUUUGUCUUAUUUUGUUUUUAGGGUAUUGAUACUACCUAAAUCGUUUGUGUUUCGGUUCAUGUCUCUAUUGUAAUGUAUUCCUAUUGCUCAACAAAAGUGAUGUAUUAUCUAUGGUAUAUGUAAAUAUUUUAUUUAAUGAUAUGAUAUUAGAUUAAAUGAUGAACUGUAUAAAGUGCUUGUACUCUCAUUGAUGCUAUUUUAUUGACGAUAAUUAAUCAAAACAAAAUGGCGACACCUGUUUAGCGUAUAAUGUGCACGAAAUGUGUAUGUGUUUAAGAAAUAAAGGCUAUCAGUGAGAUGCGAAAUAUAUCGAAUAUUUCCAUUUUCAAAACUACAAUACAAAAGGAAAAACGAAUCAGCCCCAUGAACAUUAUUAAGAAAAAAAAUAUCAAAAUUUUGGAAAGCUCAAUUUAUGGCAUGGUUGUUUUACUAAGAUAUUAAAGACAUUAAGUUCAACCGUUCAGGACCAACACUUGCCCAUAAAAGAAACACGGUGUACUGCAUGUAAAACCUACUGCACUACUCUUCUUUUGCCAUGGAAACCUUCAGAAGUUACUACGUUUGUGUUUACACGGUAAUUAUUUCAAAACUUUCUGUGGAACAAAUUUUGGAUAUCAAUGUAUAGUCAUGCAUUAUCCUUAAAUUAAGACAUGUACUUUCAUAAGUAUGAUCAUUGAAGAGAAAACACGGGUAAGCAAACAUUACAGUAUAUGGCCACCUCCCACAGGUAAAAUAGACAUACAACAUUUAUUUUUAACAGUUUAACAUAAUAUUGGUUCGUAAUAUUUGAUUUGACCGUACAAUAUUGACGUUGGUAUUCUAAGCUUCUUUGGGCGGUACCACACAAUGUUAGUCUGCAUUGAAAAGAGGAUAGUCCUGCAAAUAAUUAUUUCCUAAAAUGGAUAUAUGCAUAUAUGAAAAUGCCGCAUUUAGGGGGUGUCUAAAUCGAAUUAUUGAUUACGUCACAGAGGUAUCAUUUUUAUAUGCUGUCGCCAAUGAUUUGAGUAAGCUGGAGUUCAUUGUCAUGUGAAACCGAAAGCAUCAAUGUAUUCGUGAAAAUUGAAGAAAAAAAUAAAUGUGGCCAAAUCUACACUAAA